AUGGCCACAGCCUUCGCCCUCCUCGCAGGGGUCCUGCUCCUCUGCUGGGGCGAGCCCCUGCGGUUUAGAAGAGUGUUGUUGAAGAUCGAUGGGGCUGAAUGCUCCCACCACUCUGAAUGCCACAGUGACUGCUGCCUCAUCAACUUUGACAACGGUGGUGCCUUCUGUGCCCCCAAGGCCGGGUAUACCAUGAUGUGCUUGCCCCAGUGGUUGGAGCUCUUCAAGGGCAGGGAUGGUGUCUUACUCAUCUUUGAAUCCCCUACUCCCAGCCUGGUGCCUGCACAUAACCAAGGGGGCCACCAACAUCAUCUGCCCCUGCCGACUGGGCUUGAGUUGCAUAGCCAGGGACUUGCUGUGUCCCCGCCGGUGUCAUGUGCUUUAGAGGGGUACCCAGGCUGGUCACUAUCACCUCUCCUUCCCUCCUUGGAGCCAGAGGCUUUGGGUGCCCCUACCCUGCUCUGA